GGAAUUAUUCAGCACGGGUUCAGUCUGGACAAGGUCGCGCACCUUCUUUUGAGGGACCUUUCCAGAAACUUGUACAACUGGGGUAUCCUCCAAAAGCUGUUCAGCAGCAAGACUUGCUCCCAGUCAAUGACGAGCCAAAGCCGAAGCGGCAAGACAACCAGCCAGACCCAGUGAUGGACGAGCCAGAGCUCCCCAAUGACGAGCCCACUGACGAGCCAGUGGAGACAAUCUCUCUCAAUUCUCAUGCCUUCGAAGCCUUCGAAUAUAUGCUCAGCCUUACUGGUGAACCGCCAGCUGCUACAGUUGCCUGGAUCAAGGUGACGCACGGUGUGGAAAAGGCUGGCUUCAUCAUCACGAGCGGCAAGCGAGGAUCGGCUCGGCUUUUCCAACGUUGUAAUCUCAAGCUCACUCGCCAAGAACCUCAUCCUGUUACAUACUGGACAAUCGCGCAAGCCAGAAGCUUUGAGGGAUAUUUGAUGCGGAAGCUUGAUGAUGAUGCAAGAAUUGAGAUUGUCGAGGAGUGAAUGAAGGCCAUCGAAAGGAGUUGGCGUGUAUGACAAUGGAAACGGGAUUUCUGACACUAGAAGGGACAUUGGCGCAUGUCUGACGACUUCAGCUGAACGGUGUUCCGUAGUCCAUUGUGCAUUUUAUGAAGAAUUUCUAUGCUUG